UUAUCAGUUCAUAGCUAAGACUUCAAUCCAUCACCUCAAAAGGCAGGCAGUUAUCUCAAGCAUAUUCAGCUAUUAAAGCAAUCACAUUGCUGUCGUCAUUUAGAAGUGAUCUCUUGGUGAAGUUGGUUGGAGUUCUUCAGAAUGAGCGCGGAAAGUCCUGUGGUUUGUACCAAGUAUGGUCCUGUUAAAGGAAUAAGGAAAACAGCGGCCACGGGUGUAGAGUACUUCAGUUUUCAACGGAUUCCGUAUGCUAAACCACCUGUCGGCGAUCUAAGGUUCAAGGAUGCUGUACCACCGGCUGCGUGGACAGAAGAGUUGGACUGUACAGUGCAAGGACCUGCAGGAUACCAAUUUAGUAAGCUGCAGAAUAAAAUCAUUGGCAAUGAGGAUUGCCUGCAUAUGAAUGUUUUCACGAAAAGUUUAGAUAAGGGUGAACGGCUACCUGUGAUGUUGUACAUUCACGGGGGUGCUUUCAAUCGAGGUUCCAGCGGGGUGGAGAUGUACGGCCCAGAUUACCUAAUUCAAGCUGACGUUGUUUUCGUGUCUUUUAAUUACAGAAUUGGCGCUUUAGGAUUUAUUUCGUUUGAAUCGCCUGAAGUCGACCUUCCUGGUAAUGCUGGUCUGAAAGAUCAGAAUCUAGCGUUGCGAUGGGUUGUCGAAAACAUUGAAGCAUUCGGGGGAGAUCCCAAUAACAUAACGCUGUUUGGCGAGAGUGCUGGUGGCUGUUCGGUUCAUUAUCACAUGAUUUCGGAUCAAUCGAAGGGGCUGUUUCAACGAGCGAUUGUUAUGUCUGGCUGUUCGUUGAACAAUUGGUCUACAAUACCGAGGAGGCAAUUCAGCCAAAGACUGGCCAAGGCUUUGGGCUGGAAUGGACAAGGAGGAGACAAAGCUGCUUUGGAAGUGUUGAUGAAAGCCACCCCAGAAGAUAUUGUUGAAAAACAGGGAGCCUUACGAACGGAAAAUGAAAAAGAAAACCACAUAAUGUUUGAAUUUGGACCUGUUGUCGAACCAUACAUAAAGGACAACUGUAUUAUUCCAGAGGACCCACUGAAGAUGUGUCGAAAAGCAUGGAGUCACGAUAUCGAUAUACUCAUUGGAGGAAACUCGGAAGAAGGGCUUUUUAGCUUGAGUGAAAUCAAGGAUAAUCCCUCAAUCAUGGAAAAUUUGAAAGAUUUUGAAUAUUUAGUUCCCUUGGAGCUUGACUUGGUAAGAACGUCUCACAGAUGUAAGGAGUUUGGAAACAGAUUGAAGAAGCAUUACUAUGGAGAUACGGAACCAUCUUUCGAAAAUAGAGACGGAUAUUUAACUCUUAUGACGGAUAAACUAUUUUGGCAUGGUUUACAUCGGACGAUUUAUGGAAGAAUCAAUUCUAAAAAACUAGCAAAAACAUACGUCUAUCGGUUCUCAGUUGACUCGGACACCUACAAUCACUACAGGAUCUACUUUUGCGAUAAGAACGUCCGUGGGACAGCACACGCCGAUGAUCUAUCCUACAUCUUCAAGAACGUUUUUAGUGAUGUUCCUCCUCCGAAUUCAUUUGAGUAUCGCGUUAUGACAGAGAUGAUUGGCCUAUUUUCUCAAUUCGCUGCCAAUAAUGGAAAUCCUAAUGGGAAAGUCACCGAUAUUUGGGAGCCUGUUGGUGAAGAGAUUGGUCCCUACAAGUGCCUCAAUAUCACCAAUGACGGGUUGGAGUUCACAGAUUUUCCGGAACAGAAGCGCAUGGAGCUGUGGGAUUCUAUGUACGAGAAGGAACAACUUUAUUGAACUAAUUAUUAUUGAAGUGUAACCACAAUAAAUUAUAAAACUAAAAUUAGUUCAGUACGAACUGUUCUAGUUUGCUACCAGCUGCCAAA